AAGCAUUUCUUUUGCUUCUUCCUGAGACAAUAGUAAUAUUAAUUGGUACUAGGAACGCUUGCUGUUUUGACGCGGUCGCUCACCGCUUCUACUGCCACAAUGCCUGCGCUCCCCGAAGACAGCGACUACAUGACAAUCGCCAGACUGGUCCAACCCCCAACAGUUCCUGCCCGGAGCACCGACGACCCAGAGUACAACGACAAGAAACGAGUCGACCCCUUCUUGUUUGGUCAGAGGUUCCUCGAAGAAGGGAGCGAUGUGUUUCACCACAAUGCUUGGGACCAUGUCGAGACGGAUGACGACUACAAGGCCUACGCCGAGCUGCAAUACUCUAAGCAGCGCGAGAACCCCGCUUCCGAUUUCCACAAGAACCUAUACAACUCGAAUCCCGCCAAAUUUUGGGAUCGGUUCUACAAGAACCAUAACCAGAAUUUCUUCAAAAAUAGGAAGUGGUUGCAGCAGGAGUUUCCGAUUCUAGCAGAUGUGACAAAAAAGGAUGCUGGUCGCAAGGUAGUUCUGGAAGUCGGUGCAGGGGCGGGAAAUACAGCGUUUCCGCUGGUAGCAAACAAUGAGAACGAGGAACUUAUGGUCCAUGCGUGUGACUAUUCGAAAAAUGCGGUUAAGGUCAUGCGCGAGAGCGAACAUUACAAUGAGAAAUACGUGCGUGCCGACGUGUGGGACGUCACAGCUGAGGGGGACGAUUCGCUCCCACCGGGUCUGGAGGAGAACUCGGUAGAUAUCAUAAUUCUUAUAUUCAUCAUGUCUGCUCUGGCACCAGCUCAAUGGAAUGCGGCACUAAAAAACGUACACCGCCUCCUCAAACCCGGCGGCGAUGUGCUCUUUCGCGAUUAUGGACGAGGAGACCUUGCACAAGUGCGUUUUAGAAAGGAAAGAUAUCUCGAUGAGAAUUUCUAUGUCCGCGGCGAUGGGACAAGGGUGUAUUUCUUUGAUAUUGAAGAGUUAAGGCAUAUCUGGACCGAUUGGACCCCCGAAAAUGGUCUAAAUUUAAGUGGAAUCAACGAAGACACCCAAGAUCGUGACGAACAGGCCGAAGUGUCUUCAGGACGAAGUCAAGGCGCUUUUGAAAUUUUGAACCUUGGGAAGGAUCAAAGACUUCUCGUUAAUCGUCAGAAACGGCUCAAGAUGUACCGAUGCUGGCUACAGGCCCGGAUUCGAAAACGAGUACCUCUCAACAAACUGGACGUUAUCCCUGAAAGGUUGGCGAAAGAGGUUGAGAAGAAUGUGUAGACUGUCCCUCAAAGGAGGAAAGCAGAAAGAAAUUCUUGACUACUCACGCCGGUUUAUGCUUUAUUUUUCAUUAUAGAUACCUUUUUUCUGUCCCUUUCAAUUUCUCUAUCCUU